AUGAAAAUACACGCGCGCCUGAUGCCAUCAAAGACUCACCUUCGUCAUCGAGUUCGUCCUCAUCGUCAAGUUCAUCGUCGUCUUCGAGUUCGGAAGAAUCGGUGCCUGAGCCAGAACAAUCGCCUGAGCCUGAGUCAGAACAAUAGCCAGCAGAGGAAUCCCCUGAAGUCGAGGAAGAGCCAGAAGAGAAGCGCCCCGAUAUUUAUACCGUGGUUCCCGAAAUGUCCAGAAGCGCAAUCCGACAAUGAUUCCCCAUCAAGUUCAUCGUCGUCAUCAAGUUCUUCGUCGUCUUCAAGUUCCGAAGAAUCGAUUCCAGAACAAGAGCCUGAGCAGGAGCAAUCCCCUGAGGUUGAGCAAUCGGCGGAGGAACAGUCACCUGAGCAAUCCCCUGAAGUAGAGCAAGAGCCAGAGGAGGAAUCCCCUGAGGUGCAGCAAGAGCCAGAGGAGCAAUCCCCUGAAGUGGAGCAAGAGCCAGAGGAGCAAUCCCCUGAAGUAGAGCAAGAGCCAGAGGAGCAAUCACCUGAAGUAGAACAAGAGCCAGAGGAGCAAUCACCUGAAGUAGAACAAGAUCCAGAGGAGCAGUCCCCUGAAGUAGAACAAAAGCCAGAGGAGCAAUCACCUGAAGUAGAGCAAGAGUCAGAGGAGCAAUCACCUGAAGUAGAGCAAGAGCCAGAGGAGCAAUCACCUGAAGUAGAGCAAAAGCCAGAGGAGCAAUCACCUGAAGUAGAGCAAGAGCCAGAGGAGCAGUCCCCUGAAGUAGAGCAAGAGCCAGAGGAGCAAUCGCCCGAAGUAGAGCAAGAGCCAGAAGAGGAGCAGCCACAAGUAGAGCAAUCACCGGACGAGCAACUAUCGGAAGGGAAAUCGCCUGAAAAAUAUUCGGAGCUUCUUGAGUUAGGACAGUUCAUCGUGGUAGAAAGACGUGAUGAUGAUUUAUCGGUAGGAGACGGCUACUGUGACGAGUACCCUUGUACUUUCGAGUGGCACCAUGAUGUUACUGACGAUGAAGACAUAGUGAUUUCAUACGAGAUAAACAUCAGCGGCAACGUGAUAGCAAGUAAUAAGGAUAAUCCUACAGGAUUUUGCGAGACCAGUCAUCAGCCAUAUGAUUCCGUUGACAAUAGCGUUUGGAGGGCUCUCUCAUCAGUAGUAGCAGACGGGACCGAAUCUUGUCCCAUAUCAAAAGGCACGUAUAAAUUCACCGCACCAGACAAACAACUUGUGUACCAUUCUGACGAGCCGCUUCCAUGCAGCAGUCUGGGAAUUCACUUCGAGUUGUCUCACAGGGGAUCCAAAAAAAUUGCAGAUGGACAGUUGUUGUAUAAUUCACCUGACGGGUCACUUGAAACCGAUUGCCCCGAUUCUUUCGAAGAAUAGUAUAAGUGAAUUUCAUCAGCAGAUUCCGUAUUCUUUCUGAGCUUUUUGAAUAAAUUGUAUUUCCAAAGGCUAUUCAAUAAAAUACCGGUAUUCCU